AUGAGGAUAUUCAGAUGGAUAUGCGUGCAUACCAUGUUAGAUAAGAUUAAAAAUGAAGUUAUUCGGGAUAAGGUGGGAGUUGAUCCUGUGGAGGAUAAGAUGCGCGAGAAGAGUAGAAGUACAUAUGCCUUACUUAGGAGGUGUGAGAGGUUGACCUUGAUGGGUAUAAGGAAGGGUAGCGGGGGUUAUGGUUCCCAUUUGAAUGCAAGAUUUUCUCUUAAAUUCCCAUUAAUAGAGAGAGUAUUCUUGGAGCUUGCAUAUCAAGUGGAAAACCAAACCCCGGACGAUCUCCAAGCCGGAUCAAGGAGCUUCCACUUAUGGAUUCAGGUGGAAAGGGACGGGUUUAAGCUGUGGUAUUCUGGGGUCGUGAGAGGUAAGAAUGGAGUGGGCAUCUUGGUAGAUAGAGACCUAAGGGAGUCUGUGCUCGAGGUUAGGCGAGUGAAUGAUAGGUUAAUGUCAAUUAAGUUGGUUAUUGGGGGUUGCGUCCUCAACGUCAUCAGCGCUUACGCGCCACAAGCGGGCUUAGACGAGGAGGCUAAGAGGCGUUUUUGGGAGGGCUUAGGUGACCUGGUGAGUAGUAUUCCCCAAUCUGAGAAGCUAGUUAUUGGAGGAGACUUUAAUGGUCAUAUUGGGGCUGAUGCUGGUGGUUAUGGUGAGGUGCACGGUGGCUUCGGCUUUGGGGCUAGGAACGGAGGAGGCACGUCAUUACUUGAUUUCGCCAGGGCUUCCGAGCUUCUGAUUGCGAACUCGACAUUUCAGAAGAUGGAGGAGCAUUUGGUCACCUUCAAGAGUUCGGCGGCGAGGACUCAGAUUGAUUACCUCCUCCUCAGAAGGAGCGAUAGGGGUAUGUGCAAGGACUGCAAGGUGAUUCCGGGAGAGUCCCUUUCGACUCUUCAUAGACUCCUAGUGAUGGAUGUCGGUCUCUGGGUGAAGAGGAAGAGGAGGGGUGCUCGGGGACAACCGCGGAUUAGAUGGGGUGCUUUGACUAAGGAGAAAGCACAGGAGUUGGAGAGGAGGUUAGCUGAGGGCGGAGCUUGGCGAAGUUCUGGGGCAGCGGACGCUAUGUGGUCAGAGACGGCGAUGGUUAGGGAGGAAGCACGGAACGUGCUCGGGGUGGCCAAGGGCUAUUCAGGCAGACACCAGGGUGACUGGUGGUGGAAUGAUGUAGUCGAAGGAAAGGUAGAGGUGAAGAAGGCGGCGUUUGCUAAGUUGGCAGGGAGCACAAGCGAGGAAGAACGAAGAGCGAACAGGGAGAUCUACAAGGUAGCGAGAAAAGAAGCGAAGCUGGCGGUUACAGAAUCUAAAAAUGCGGCGUUUGGUCGCAUGUACGAGGAACUAGGGGAGAGAGGCGGGGACAGGAAGUUAUUCCGGUUAGCUAAAGCAAGGGAAAGGCAGGCUCGUGAUCUUGACCAAGUCAGGUGCAUCAAGGGCGAGGAUGGUAGAGUUCUGAUGGGGGAUUCUCAAGUCAAGCUGAGGUGGCAGGCGUACUUUAAAGACUUACUUAACGAGGAGGGGGAUCGUAACAUAGAGCUAGGGGAGUUGGGGCAUUCAGAGCAACAUAAAGACUUUGGGUACUGCAGGCGCAUUAGGGUGGAGGAGGCCAUGAGGGCUUUGCGUAGGAUGAGUAGUGGUCGAGCGACCGGGCCUGACGAGAUCCCGGUGGAGUUCUGGAAGUGCAUGGGUAGGUCGGGAGUGGAGUGGCUCACCAGGUUGUUCAAUGCGAUCUUCAGGACCAAAAGGAUGCCGGAUGAGUGGAGGUGGAGUACAGUG